AUGAUGGCCGGAGGAGCUUCGACAGACGACGACAGAGAUAGGCCGGCGCGCGUAAGCGGAGGCGGGCGGGACGCGUGGGGGUCGGGCAACAGAUGUAGCAGCAAUAGUUCGCGCAAGCAGCGCAAGAGGAGAACGAAAACGAGGCUAGGGGGCGACGGCGGCGGGGCGGGGGGAGGCGGGGCGAGCGGUAGUAGGAGGGCGGAACACCCAGGGGGUGAGGUGAGGUCGGUGGCGCUGCGGUCUUCGGCGUACCCCGCAGGCGACGAGUCUGCCGCUGGCGGCGCCGGCAGCGGCGGCGCCGGGGCCGCAGGUAGCGGCGGCACUGGCGCGUGGAAGCGGAGCCUGUCGGCCGACGAGGACAAGCGGCUGAAGGCGGAGUGGUUGGUGGGUGACUCCGGUCGGUCCUCGGCCCCGGUUCAGCCGUGGGAGCUGCGGACCCUGACGGCGGACGAGCAGCUUUCCCACCUGAACCGGGGCCUGCUGCAGCUGAGCGCGACGUUCGGGUGGUGCGUGACGGACGCAGAGGCGGUGGAGCUGGACGGGUUCAACCGACGGGUGCUCGAGGACGCGUCCUACCUGUCGCCGGAUGAGCAGAACUGGAUCGGGGUGGCGGUGCAGGUGGCGUACCACGCCCACCAGGGGCAGCGGAGGAAGUCCGGCGAGCCGUUCAUCAUGCACCCGGUGGAGGUGAUGGGGAUCCUGGCGGGGCUCAGGAUGGACGCGGAGACGCUGGUGGCGGCUCUGCUACACGACACCGUGGAGGACACCAGGCUGGCCUUCGAGGACAUCGAGACGCAGUUCGGGUCGACGGUGCGGCGCAUCGUCGAGGGGGAGACCAAGCUGAGCAAGAUCCCCGGGCGCGUGUCGGCGUUCACGGCAAGCGACUACGAGAUGGGCGGGAGCACGGCCCAGCAGCGGGCGGAGGGCGCCAAGCAGGCGGACAACCUGCGGCACAUGCUGAUCGCCAUGAGCAAGGACUGGCGGGUGCUGGUGGUGAAGCUCUCGGACCGGCUGCACAACAUGCGGACGCUGGGCGCCAUGCCGCAGCACAAGCAGGUGCGCAUCGCGCAGGAGACGAUGGGUGUAUUCGUGCCCCUGGCGAGACGGAUGGGGCUCUGGGACAUCAAGACCGAGCUCGAGGACAUGUGCUUCAAGACCCUCCAUCCUGAGGAGCACGCCCGGGUGACGGAGCUCCUCCGUCUCCGGUCCGCCUCUACGGGCCACACCAAGGAUUUUUUGGAGAGCGAGCAACGGCGGUUGGAGCGGGUGCUCGGGCACACCGCCGUGCUGGAAGGCAGGGCGCGCUCCUUCCGGGUGACGAUGGGCGUCAAGCCCGCCUACACGGUGUGGCGGUCGAUGGCGAGGAACGGCGGCCGGCUGGGCAACGUGCUGGACUGCGUGCACUUCAAGGUUUCCUUCUCGCUGCACCCGAAGCCGGGGCCGGACGGGGUCGUGAGAAGCUCGUUCGAGAACUCAGAGCGCGAGCGGGCGGCCUGCUACGGCCUGCUGGAGUCGCUCCACGGCCUGCUGCCGCCGGUGAGCCCGCCCAGGGUCGAGGACUUCAUCGCCGUGCCGAAGCCCAACAACUACCGCGCGCUGCACACGGCGGUGCUGCUCAGGGGACACCCCGUGGAGGUGCAGAUCCUCACGGACGACAUGGACCGCGUGGCCCACUUCGGCAUGGCGGCCAGCCAGGUGGCGAGGAGCUCGGGCAACCCAAAGAACCUGCCGUGGCUGGCUGAGCUGCAAACCAGCGCGGAGGCGUGCGCGCUGGGGUGCGGAGACACGUACUCGGCGAACGUGAGGGACUCGCUGACCAGGGCGCAGGAGCGGAGGUUCGUGUUCGACCCCCAGGGGAAGAUCUUGGACCUCGCGGGGAACGCCACGAUGCGUGAUGCGGCAAGGGAGCUCCACGACUCCAAGACGUGCCGCGUUGCGGCGACCUACGUCAACGGCCGACUCGUCCCGCUCAACCGGCCCCUAAGGAACGGAGACGUGGUGGCCAUUCUUACGGCCCCGUUCCUCCCCGCGAAGCCCCCCACGGCGGCUGCGGCGGCGGCUGCGGCGGCGGCGGCCGCGGAGGUGGAGACGACGCCUACGACGGAGAGCGAGAGGCCCGCGGUGGACGUCCCCCUCCACGUGCACACGGGGGUGUGGCCGCUCAACAUGGGCGCCAUGCCCAUGACCCAGAGGAGCGGCGAAGAGCCCGAGCUCCUCAUUGAGAUCGACGAGAUCCCGUUCAUGACAAAGGGCGAAAAACGCCUCGCCAGAGAGGUGGAACUCCAGCACGCUAGGCUCAGCAUGUUCGCGGUGCUAGCGUGGACGGCGGUCGAAAUGGAACGCAUCAGCGGCCUGGCGAUGCUCAAACCCGACGCCCUCGCGGCUCUGCACGAGUCCCCGUUCGCGUACCUGUCAAGCCUUUCUCCACAGCAGGCCCUGCGAGUGGUGAUGGUCAUGGGCGUGCUGGAGGGAGGGUUUCUGGUGUACAAUAGCUUGCAGGAUAGAUUCGAGCGCAACGAGGCCACUCUGCCGGAUAAGAAGGACGCCCUCACCGCCCAAGAAAAGGCGAUGCAAGAUCGGAGAAAAUUCCACGCGCGUGAGCGAGAGCUCCACAACGGUCGCUUGGCGAUGAUCGCGAUAGUCUGCCUGUCCGUCCAGAGCGCUCUGGCGGGGGAGGAUAGCCUUGCUCGUCUGUUUGGGCUAUUCUGAGGACCCCCCCCUCCCCCCCCCCCCUCCCUCCCGUACUUGUAAUUUGUGGGAGGCCCUUCCUUCCGUGCUUCUACUUUCUCGGAGGGGGUCGGGGGCCGCCGGGCUCAGCACGUGUGUGUGGAUGUUCUGUAAGGAGAGCGGGGGAAGAUAAGACACCCUGGAAGGGAUGAGCCAUCUCGGGGCUCAUUUCCUAAAAGUGCUGUUUUUUUCGACCGUCCAUCCCUUGCGGACUGUACCGCCGAACUCGUUGCAGAAAGUGAGCUACGGCUAGCUUUCGCCUCAGCCAUGAAGGUCGCAGGGGUCCGUGUUGGCUACGAAGCAGGCUUGGGGUGACGGAGAUGUAAGCGUGCGUGUCUCUGCUGUUGCUUUUGGGUGGGAGGCGCGCGAUGAAGGAAGUCGGUCGUGCGUGGUGUGGUCUUUUAGGCGCUCCUGAUUUGUGGCGUCUCGUCCGCGUGUGUGUGUUUUUUGUUUGCGUGCGUGCACGCAAAUCGCGUGAGUGAGUUUUUGGUGUGUUGAAAAAAGAAAGUUGUUUGUUGGUUCGUUUUUUUCUGUUCUUUUUGUCGUGGACUUGCUUGUCGCUUGAAAUGGUUUUCUCUUUUGGUCGUGGGUUGCCGUUCAGAGAGAGCAAGCAAAGAAAGGCGGGACAACGACAUCGUGCUGUUAAAGGGACAAGGACAAAAAAGGAGGGGGAGAGGCUAGAGCUUUAUUUAGAGUAGACCUUGCUUGUUUUUGGUACAGAACGAUUGGACCGGCGAAAGGAAAAGAACGGCGGUCGGUCACACUCUUUGUUCGCCAACGCGUCGUCUCGUUGCCGUCUGAUUUGCGAGCUGCGCUUGACGCAAAGUGGUCCAGGGCAGAGAACGUGCUGUGAUUUCCGAUUUAGCGUGGAUGUACGUGUUGCGUACCCCACGUUGUCGCGAAUUUCUCACUGUGUACUUUUUCAUGUCUUUUCUCGAUGUGUCUCUUUAUCCAAUUGUCUCUGCUUUACGAAAGCGGGGAUGAGAUGGGGUGGGGAGGGAAGCGGGGGGUAUUGGAGUUGAUUGAUUUUAGACGAUCCUACUCUGUGGUAUGUGGAGGUGCGUGUAUUUGUAGCUGUUGGUUGUCUUGGGUAUACGAAUCUGCGAUAUCGGAAAUAAUGGGGGCUCAAAGGGGGGGGGGGGUGAUGUUCCAGCCAAGCGUUCCAGCCAAGCGUCGAGAGUAUUUUCUAUUUUCUACCAAGAUUUCUCGGCGUGGGUGUCGGGUUCGGUUCUCCCCUACACCGACCAGGCGUUUUACCGCGACCAAAUACCCCGACGGCUUUCGUAAUACCCCGUAGUUGAGCACGAGUGCUUAAGCGUUCGCCUUGACGAGAUACCGGUCGUGAGUUCCUCGACGCUAUAUCGUUGAGCCACGAUCUCGUGAUGGUCGUUGCGGGGUGCGUUGUGCUGUUGUGCUUGCGCGACGCUUUACAGGCUGCUUACGCGAGGCGCAGCUAGAGGCAUGGUGGGGGGUGGUGGUGAAGGAUGCCACCAUUUUGUUCAUGCCGUGGCCUUUCUGCGAGUGAGUCAUUUUCAUCUACCUUCUACCGUGCCCGUCGAACACGACAGUACUAUUCAUUACUCAUGGCUUCUUCUGUCUGUGUUGGUUUGGGUCUCCAAAAUUUUGUGUCUUUUGGGUGUGUUGUAUACGGAGUAUGCAUACCGAGAACAUGGUAGUGUACCCAACCAAGGGGCUCAGUGCGAUCGGUGUGUGGUGGGGGGGGAGUGACGUGUGUAACGAAACGAGUCGGUUGAUUUUCAUUGUAAUAGAGGAACAUGAGUCAGUUAGAGGAGAGUGUGGGAAAAGACGGAGUCGAGUGGAGGGGUGUGGAUACGUGGCAGGCUGCCGACUCCUUUUUUCAUUUCUUUCAUCAUCUGAAGGGUGUCUGCUCCGAGCACGUGCCUCUUCCCCCCCCCCAC